CAGAACACUGAGGCAACAAUGGUCACUGCGAAUGGGAUUAUAUCCUUUCCAGUGGUGAGACAUGACUACUCAGAGGAGAUGACUUCACCUACUCCGGUCUUCACAACCCCUGCUCAGGAAACUGCAGACGGUGUCGUAAUCGGCUGGAUUCUCAGCGUUCAAUCUACUCUGAUCAUCUUUACCAACCUACUGGUGGCCAUCGCUUUGGUCUUGCUGAUCCGUAAAGGAGGCAGUCACAGCUGGAACUUUGUCUUAAACCUGGCCAUCGCUGAUAUCCUAGUGGGUCUGGCUAUUACGGCUAUCGCGACGGAUUCAAUUAAAGGACGCUCGGUUAUGAUACACAAGGAAGUGUGCUUGCUGCGCAUGUCCUUUGUCAUCACGCCCAGUGCCGCAUCCAUAUUCACCAUGUUCUUCAUCUCGCUGGACCGGUACAUGGCCAUCAAAGUGCCGCUACGCUACUCACAACUCAUGGGCACCAAGAUGACAGCCGGCGUAUUGGUGUGUCUAUGGCUGCUGUCGACUAUCGUAGGAUUCUUGCCCAAUAUGGUAAAGAACAUGCAGCACAGUCAGUACGAAAGCGUCUGUACCUUCUUCUCGGUCAUCAACCCUCAGAACAUCACCAUAGUCUUCUGUGCCACCUUCUUCCCCAUACUGUUGAUCUUCAUCUACUUCUAUCUAGACAUCCUGAAAAUCGCCUGGAACCAUCAGCGCCGCAUCGAACAAGCCAUGCAAGUGAGUUCCCGCUGCAUCCUGCCUAGUCGUUACUGGGGCCACGUCAAGGCAUUCAAGACUGUCACGUUGCUGGUGGGUUGCUUUACUCUCUGCUGGUGCCCCUUCUUUGUGGUCAGCAUUAUUCAGGUGCUGUGUCCACCAUGCAAGCUUUACUGGUUUUUAGAAAACCACCUCUGGUUGCUGGGGCUCGCCAAUUCCAUCAUCAACCCUCUUGUUUAUGCCUUCUGGCAGAGGGAGGUACGACAACAACUCUGUGAUAUGUUCGCUUGUAUUAAAGUCACACAGUGCUGCGUUAAAAGUAACACGGAGCAAACGAUGACCACUCAGACCAGAAACUCUUUAGACCCCACUCUACCUGGUCAGUUCAUUAUUAGGAAGCCUGCUGCCGUACCUCUGGCUGUGUCAACAUGUCCAAACUCUGUGUAA